AUCGCAGAGUAAAGAAUUCUCCCUCUCUCUCAGCUCACAUUGACCAUCUUCUCAGAGGAUAGACUCUCAACUCUCUUCUUUCCCCGAGGACAUCUAUGUAGGACUGACUACACAAGUGCACCUCUUAAAGUUCUAUUCCAGAAAUCCACUUGACAGACCUCUGGACAUAUAUACAGAAUGAGCGAGCAGGUGGUGACCUACUCAGAACUGAAAUUUCACACUCCUACUCAACAGCAAAGCAGACAAAGAGCUGAGACCACCAAGAACAAAGAUUCUCCUUCUCCUCUGUGGAGGCUCUUUGCAGUAAUCUUUGGAAUCCUCUGCCUGGCUUUGCUGGUAACAUCAGGGUUCUUGGGGGCUCUGGUAAGCAGAUGGCAGCAAAACUUCAGCCAGCAGCAGGGAAUUCUGGAAAAUCUUACCUGCCAGCAAAUUAUCUUGGAAAACCAAACUCGUGAGCUAGAGGAAAUCCUAGAAAACCUCACAUGGGAGAGAGAUCAUCUUCAAACCCAGAAUAUUAACUUCUUGCAGUCAAAAGGUUUCAAGUCAGUGAAAUUUACUAUGAAGGGGACUGUGUGGUUUUGGAAGAUGGCAAAGCCCAAUCCUAUGGAUGCAUAUAUCAUAAUCGUUGUGUUUGUAAGAAAAAAAGUGCUUAGUUGGAAUCUGUUUAACCAGCACAAGAAGAAACCUAGAAAUGAUGGAAUCAUACUCUAG